GAAAUCUCCCUCGUAGAUAAUAAGGCGCUCUCUCUCUGUCUCUCUCCCUCCUUCGAAUCGGGUCGAGAUGCAGCUCAUAAUUGCCCGACCUGACUGUUACCAUUUCCAAUUCUCUCUGUCCGUAAUGGCGUGAAAUGAGUAUAUGUGCUGGGAAAAUGUGAAUUGGGAGUGGAUGCAUGUGGAUCCUAUUCCAUUUUCAUUCCUCUUUCCUUUUCUAGCCCAAUCACCAACCACAACCGCAGCAUUUCCAGCAUAACCAGACGAGGAAGAGGAAGAGGAAGAGGAAGAGGAGGAAGAAGGAGGAGGAGAUUAAGACAAAAGGGCGGGAGGGAGGGAGAGAGACAGAGAGACAGGGACAGAGGAACAGAGAAGAAUCAGAAACAGGGUCCUUUUGGUGUCGUUCCUGUCUUUUUCUCUCUUUCUGUGUGUCACUUCUCUUCUCGCCAUCCCCCCCCUCUCCCCCUCUCCUCUCUUCCAUUUUGUCUGACUCUGAUUCUGCGCCAAAAAAAAAAAAAAAAAAAACGCGGCCUUUUUUCAUUCCCCUCGUUUAUCGUUUUGCGCCCGUUUUGGGAUCUUCCUGGUGUUCGCGGUCAGAUCUGCUUCCUUUGCAUCUCUUCUCCACCGUCUGAUGUAGUCUCUUUGACCCAUCCGUCCCCUUCUCUCGUAUUUAUAUCUCUUCUUCCGCCGGAACGGAAGCCAUGGGCCAAUGCUACGGCAAGACCGCUCCCACCGCCGCCUCCGACAAUGACGUCGUCACCAUCUCCGUCUCCGGCGAUCACAAUCCCUCCCAACCUCCUCCUCCUCCUCCUCCUUCCUCCUCUACUCCCUCCCAAGUCCGCCAUGGCAGCACCACCCCCGCCAGGCCCUCUAACCCUAGCCCCUGGGCCAGCCCCUAUCCCCACGGCGUCGGCGUGUCCCCGUCCCCCGGGAGGGCCACCCCCCGUCGCAAGUUCUUCAGGCGCCCAUUCCCUCCGCCGUCCCCCGCCAAGCACAUCAAGGCUUCUCUGGCCAAGCGCUUCGCGUACAUGUCCCCGAAGCACGGGACGAUCCCCGAGGAAGGCCGAGAAGGAGAUGGAGGAGGUGGGGCAGCGGCAGCGGCAGCGGAGGCGGAGGCGCAGCAGCUGGAUAAGAGCUUCGGGUACAACAAGAACUUCGGGGCCAAAUACGAGCUCGGGAAGGAAGUCGGGAGGGGGCAUUUUGGUCAUACUUGCUCUGCCAAGGGCCGGAAGGGCGACCUCAAGGAUCAGCUUCUUGCCGUCAAGAUCAUCUCCAAAGCUAAGAUGACAACCGCAAUAUCAAUUGAAGAUGUCCGCAGGGAGGUGAAAAUUUUGAAGGCUCUAUCCGGCCACAAGCACCUAGUCAAAUUUUAUGAUGCAUGUGAGGAUGCCAAUAACGUUUACAUAGUCAUGGAAUUGUGUGAAGGUGGGGAACUUCUUGACAGAAUUUUAUCGAGAGGAGGAAGAUAUUCCGAGGAAGACGCGAAAGUAAUAGUUGUGCAAAUUCUUAGCGUCGUUGCAUUUUGCCAUCUGCAAGGUGUUGUGCAUCGUGACUUAAAGCCAGAGGUCUGCUAUCGUAUUCUUAAUCUAAUUAUGAAUUUCCUAUUCACAUCUAGAAGUGAAGAUGCUGAUAUGAAGCUUAUUGAUUUUGGUCUUUCUGACUUCAUCCGACCAGAGGAAAGACUGAAUGAUAUUGUCGGAAGCGCAUAUUACGUGGCUCCUGAAGUCCUUCAUCGAUCUUAUAGUCUGGAAGCAGAUAUUUGGAGCAUUGGCGUGAUCACAUAUAUUCUGUUAUGUGGAAGCCGGCCAUUUUGGGCAAGGACAGAAUCCGGAAUUUUUCGUGCUGUACUACGGGCUGAUCCUAAUUUUGAGGACUUACCAUGGCCUUCUGUCUCUCGUGAGGCCAAGGACUUUGUGAAAAGGCUCUUGAACAAGGACUACAGAAAGAGAAUGACUGCUGUACAAGCUUUGACUCACCCUUGGUUGCGGGAUGAGAGUCGUCCCAUUCCUCUGGACAUAUUAAUCUUUAAGCUAGUUAAAUUGUAUCUUCAUGCAACGCCUUUGAAACGAACAGCUUUGAAGGCUCUCUCGAAAGCUUUGACAGAAGGUGAGCUGGUGUAUCUUAGGGCUCAGUUCCAGUUGCUGGAACCAAAUAAAGAUGGGUUUGUCUCUCUCGACAAUUUCAGAAGGGUUCUUGAGCGAAAUGGUACCGAUGCUACGAAGGAAUCCCGGGUUCCUGAGAUUUUGAAAGCAAUGGAGCCUCUUGCUUACAGAAGGAUGGGCUUUGAAGAGUUUUGUGCUGCUGCAAUCAGUGUACAUCAACUGGAGGCUCUUGAAGGGUGGGAGCAGAUAGCCUCUGAUGCUUUUGAUCACUUCGAACGAGAGGGUAACCGAGUCAUCUCAGUUGAAGAGUUGGCGCGGGAAUUGAAUGUUCACCCUUCAGCAGCUCACUUGAACCUAAAAGACUGGAUCAGAAACUCGGAUGGAAAACUUAAUUUGCUUGGAUAUACCAGAUUUUUACAUGGUGUGACGCUUCGCAGUUCACAUGCCAGACAACAUUAGAAUCUUGGUUUUUUUGAAGUAUUUCUUUUCCUUGGGGGUUUUCUUUAGUUCAACAUAUAUCUUCCAAUUCUUAUGGUUUCUGAAGGUUUGGAGGUUUUCUUUCGCUUUUCUCUCCGUUGGUGGGCAGGCAGGAU